UGGAGUGGUUGGUGACGUAGCGCGCUCCCGCCAGCGGAUCUGCACCGCGCGCCCGCAAGCCGUUUCAGUCGUUCGCCGACGACCGUCUGGGCAGCACCGCGAACAUGAGCGCCUCCUGUGUCUAUGCCAACGGGAUGGAUGGGGGCGGCGGCAGCGGGCAGGAGGGUCUGGUGCUGGACUCCCAGGCCGGCAUGCUGUACGGCGAGUACCUGCAGCUGGACAAGGUGCUUAACGCCCAGCGGCCUCUCAGCGAGCAGAAUGGCGUCGUCGUGCACGACGAACACCUCUUCAUCGUCACCCACCAAGCUUACGAGCUAUGGUUCAAGCAGAUUAUAUACGAGCUGGAUUCUGUCAGAGCGAAAUUCAACACAGAAGACUUGGUGCUUGACGAAACGCAGUCUUUAGAAAUUCUAAAGCGAAUGAGUCGGAUUGUCCUCAUUCUAAAGCUUCUGGUGGACCAGGUGAUGAUUCUGGAGACAAUGACGCCUCUGGAUUUCAUGGAAUUCCGUAAUUACCUGUCACCUGCCUCCGGCUUCCAGAGCUUGCAGUUCAGACUUCUGGAGAAUAAACUUGGCGUCAAACAGGAACACAGAGUGAAAUACAACCAGAAGUACUCCAGGGUGUUCGGACACGACCCAGAAGCCAUCAAGGCCAUCGAGAAGUCAGAGAAGGAACCCUCACUUGCGCAGCUGGUCCAGCGCUGGCUGGAACGCACUCCCGGUCUGGAGGCAGAGGGCUUCAACUUCUGGGGAAAGUACAGGAGAACCGUCGAGAUACUUCUGGAGCAGCAGCGGAAAGCAGCAGAGGAAGAAGAAGUUGACGUCAUCCGGAACCAGCGCCUCCUCGAUUACGAACGGCGAAAAGAUGUGUUCGAGUCAAUCUUCGACCCUGCUAUGCAUGCUGCCCUAGUUGCACGGGGAGAAAGGCGGUUCUCCCACAAAGCCCUACAAGGCGCCAUCAUGAUUACCUUCUACAGAGACGAGCCACGCUUCAGUCAACCUCAUCAGCUGCUUAUGCUCCUCAUGGACAUCGAUUCCCUCAUCACCAAAUGGAGAUAUAACCAUGUCAUAAUGGUGCAACGGAUGAUUGGAUCUGCACAGCUUGGUACAGGUGGUUCCUCAGGUUAUCAGUAUCUCCGAUCUACUCUCAGUGAUCGCUACAAGGUCUUCCUGGAUCUAUUCAAUCUGUCUACAUUUCUUAUACCUCGAGCCUAUAUACCACCACUUACAAGACACAUGAAAAGCAAGUUAUCCGUUUCCUUAGAACGCCAGCAGCAUGAAAAAGAAGAUUAUAUUGAUGGUGAAGAUUUGAAUAUAUUCAAUAAACAAUUUGCAGAAGCUUCUUUAUGAUUACCAUUUGUAAUACAAUUUCCUGUAUAACCAAAAUAUAUUUAUGGUGUUCAUGAUGUAUGAAGUGUCACAACUGCACAAAAUAGCAUUUCCACCAGGCUAACUUACAGAUACAGCCUAUUUUGUUCUGAAAAUGGUGUUCAUUUUUUAAAUGAUAAAAUUCUUCUUGACUUUAUCACUUCAAGAAAAUAUAAGAAAAAAAAUGUUUUAUUGUGUAACUGAAGAAAUAUCCAAGAGUGAGUUUCAAAUGCUAUAAGGGUAAUACUGUAUUUGUGUGUACCUGCAUCACUUUGUUAAAGAAUAGAUUAGCUCUUCUAAGUUUCCUAUGUUAUUAGAGUCACUGUGUUUCAUAUUUUGUAAAUUAUGUUUUGCUCUCUUAAGCACUAGAGUACAUUUCACAAUUAUUAUCAAUUUUAAGAUUCUACCAGAAUAUUACUUUAUUAUGUUUUUGUACCAAUUAGGAGAUGAGAAGUAAACAGAGAUAAACAUUACACACUGGACAACAUUUUAAUAGCCAUGUGAGUAGUAAACUCAGUUAUCUGAAUACACGACACUGAUAAUUUUCCCAGUUACCAAGUUACUUAGAUAGUAAAUACACCAACAAAGUUGAAAAUCAGAAGAUUUUAUAUGCUGAAGAAUAACUACAUCCCAAAGACUUUUCAGUUUCCUAAACUAAAAGUACGUUCCACAGUGUCGUCCACUAUAAUGUAAUAUACAGCACAUGUGAUAUGCAGCUGUUGGAAACAUUUUAUUGUAAUACGUAUAGAAGGAACUGUAAAUGAUAAAUGGGUAUACUUUGAAAGUAAACACAAAGACGUAUUAACUAAUCAACAUUUUAUAUCAAAAACACAAAACAAAAGAAGUGAACUUAUACAUAUUUCAUAGUUGCAACUACGCAUUAAUGUUCCAGACACAGAAAGAGUAUGCUCCAAGUUAAAUAACUUUUGUUCUACAGUUAGACAAUGGUUACUAGCAAGAACAACAUACAUACUUAAUAUUAUUUUGCUUUUUCAAAAUGCCCAACUUGCUUAUAAACAUCUCAACAUAACAAAAAUUUGGCAACUUCUCUUCAUGGACUAUAAAAAAAAAUGUUGUAAUGCACUCUCAUCGGCAGUGUGUGUAAGAUUAUUGCAAAUUUGAUAUUUUCUGUGUAGUGUUAUGUAAUCUACAGAAUUGGAAUGCUGUAUAUUUACAGUGACAAUUCCUGAUCUUUUGUGGGAAAUGUCACCACAUUCUUGUCAAAGUUUGAAUUUAAUGUUUGUUUUAUGGCUAACUGCGUUUAAUGCAGAGAAUUUAACACUGUCAUUUUCUGUUUGAAGUAAAUGCAGUUUUACUUACACAUGUUAUAGAAAUAAGAACUUUAUUAUUUCAUAUCUCAAAAGAAUUGUGUUCAAUUAGUUUAGUUAUUUUUUCAUAGUAAAACAAAUAAGUAUUUCCUCCGAAAAAUCAAAGUGGAAUAAGAACACUAAACUGUAACUGUACGAUAUGUUCCUCAAGUUAUUAGUCAUGAGGAUCACACACUCACAUUGUACACACUGUUUUUAAUUUUUGAUGAAUGUUUUCUCUGCUUUGAAAAUGCUACAAACAAAUCAAAGAACAAAAAAAAAUGUUUAAAAACAUUCUAAGUCGGUAUUAUGAUAAAUAGGUGAAAGAGGUCUUGCAUAUUUUUUUGUUUUGUUUUGUUUUUAUAUUUUUUGUGGUCUGCAUACAGUCAGCUGUAAAUAUUAUGUAAUUAGUCAUAAUUACACAAUAAGAGCUGAAACACAAAACAAA